UGUUGGAGAGCAGAUGGUAUUCGAAGCGGUCCUUUUGGCUCUAGCCGGGGUGGAGGUGGAACUGGCGCGAUGAGCCCCUUCUACAAAUUGCAGAGUCUAAAUGGGACUGCGUCUCUCUGGAGUCGGCGGCGCAGAGUUAACCACAACCUCUAGAAUCACUUUAUUGUGAGAGGGAAGAUGGCGGCUUUACUCUAGGCAGCGUUUUUCUCGGCUUCUGUGAAGAGGGGGGAAACUCGCGGAUCGGUGGAGAGGCAGAGCAAGUGGGCUGGGUUGCCGAAUCACUUUUGAAAGCAGGACAUCAGAAAUUAUUGCACUCACUGGAAAACCAGAUGACUUUGACAUGUUGGCAUUGGCUAGUGGGCACAGCCAUUUUGUGUCUUGGAUUGAAUAAUGAAUGUGUUAAGAUUCACUUUCCAUGAGCCACUUCUAUACAUUACCCCUGUGAAGGCCCUUGGUGCCCCUUUGCUGAUGGAAGAAGCUCAAGCUAGCGUCCCUAACAUGAGACUGCCGCUGCUCGUGUCCGUGGGUGUCCUGCUUGUGGCACUCCUGCCCUGCACACCAUGCAGGGCCCUCCUCAUCCGCGGGCCUGGCCAAGGCUCCCGGCAGCUCCCCCAACACACGGAUUUCUUCCAGCCGCCGCCGCAGCCCCAGCAGCUCCAGCAGCCCCAGCAGCCGCAGUCCCGGCGGGUCCAGCUCCGAAUGCGGGAGGAAUACUUCCUCCGCCAGGGCAACCCCAAUAAGAGCACCGCUGCUCCCCUCUGGUCUGCCUCCACGCCUGUCGCGGGCGGCAGUGGUAGGCGCCUCUCGCAGGACAAGGUAGCUGACAACUUUCUUCGCGUGUUGCUGCAGCAGCAGUCGCAGGGCCAGCACCCGCUCGACAGGCUUUCGAGCCCCGCGGGGCGUGGCACUGAGAGCGUCCUCCACGGUCUCCUGGAGGCACCAGAAAAGGAGAGGCGAUCCGAGGAAGCUCCCAUCUCGCUGGAUCUCACCUUCCACCUCCUCCGAGAAGUCUUGGAACUGGCCAGGGCUGAACAGUUAGCGCAGCAAGCUCACAGCAACAGGAAACUGAUGGAGAUUGUUGGGAAAUGAAACGGUGCGUUUGGCUGUUGCCCUAAAAGAUUCUGCAUUUAGCACAAAAAUAAAAAUAUACAGCAUUCUGUACCAUAGCGUUGGUCUGAUAUCAUUUGUUUAUUUUUAUAUAGCUCGAAACGUAGAGUAUGUACAGCAAAAGCACCUCUACUCCUUAAUUAGCAUGCACAAAGUGUAUUCAUGUGCAGUAAUUUCAACAAAAUGGUAUUUGUAUUGUCUACUUUUAGUUUCCAUUUCCAAAUGUCUUUAGUGGUGUUUAAAAGAGUAUAGACCCAGGAGGAAACAUUUUGAAGAAGCAGACAGAAGUCACCCAACUGAUUUUGUUGCUGUCUAAGCCAAAGAGAAUGUCGUUCUCUUGGGUGGGUGAGAGAAAACCUGUAAGCUCUUUGAAUCAACUUGUCCUUGCAAAUGUUUCAGUAAUAAAAUAUCUUUACAAUCCUUGGUCAAUUUGGCUGUGUGAGAGAAUGUUCAAUAGUUAUAUUUUGAAUAAA